AUGUUCGUGCACCCCCUGCUCGCUCUGGCCCUCGUCGGCGGCGUCGCGUCGUCGACGAAGACGCGCGCAACGACAGCGCCGAAGAAAGACGCUCCGAACGUCGUGCUCCUCUUCGCCGACGACCUCGGCUUCGGCGACCCCGGCUUCGCCGGCCACCCGAGCAACCUGACGCCGAACCUCGACGCCCUGCGCGCGUCGGGCCGGCGCCUGAGCACGUGGUACAGCGGCUGCCCCGUCUGCACGGGGAGCCGCGCGUCGCUCAUGACGGGCCGCGUCUACAGCCGCGUCGGCGUGCCCGGCGUCUUCGGGCCGACGUCGCAAUCGGGCCUGCCGCUCCGCGAGGUCACGCUUGCGGACCAGUUCCGCACGGCGGGCUACGAGACGGGCAUGCUCGGCAAGUGGCACCUCGGCCAGCGCGAGGCCUACCUGCCGGCGUCGCGGGGCUUCGACAGCUACCUCGGCAUCCCGUUCAGCGACGACAUGGGCGCCGCGCGCCUCUCCGACUGCGGCAACGGGACGACGAUCCCGGCGACGGCGUCGGACCGGGGCGGGCGGUUCCUGCCGCUGGUCUCGCAGUCCAAGGGCGCCACGACGGUCGUCGAGCAGCCCGUGGACCUGACGCACCUCCAGGAGAAGUACGCGGCCUUCGCGACGGAUUUCAUCGGGAGCGCGAAGAAGAAGUUCUUCUUCUACGCGGCGCUGUCGCACGUGCACACGACGCAGGGCAAUCUGCCCGACAAGCAGUACGCGGGCUGCGCGUUUCGGGGCACGUCGAUCCGCGGGCCCUUCGGCGACGCGCUCGCCGAGGCGGACGAUUUGGUCGGCUCCAUCGUCGGCGCCGUCGACGGCGCGGGGCUCCGGGAGCGGACGCUCUUCGUCUUCUCGUCGGACAACGGGCCCUGGAUGGUCCAGGCCGAGUCCGCGGGCUCCGUGGGCCACCUCUACGCGCGGUCCGCGGGCUACUGGAACGUGGGCAAGGGCUCGACCUGGGAGGGCGGCAUCCGCGAGCCGGCCUUCGUGUCGUGGAAGGGCGUCGUCGAGGAGAACUCCCAGUCCGCGGCCGCGGUGUCGUCGACGGACGUCUUCCCGACGCUGUCCGAGCUCAUCGGCGCGCCGCUGCCGACGACCCUGACGUACAACGGAUCCUCGGAGCCGGCGAUCUACGACGGCGUCGACCAGUCCUCGGUCUGGUUCGGCGGCGCGGGGACGUCCGCGCGCGACGAGGCGGGCGACUGCCUCUUCUUCUUCGGCGGGCCCCACGGCGCCGACGCGCCGUCGGCGGCGCGCUGCGGGCCCUACAAGCUCCACUACGCGACGGGGCCGGGCCUCGCGGGCUGCGACGGCUGCGAGAAGCAGUACUACGACCCGCCGAUGGUCUUCCAGGUCGAGGUCGACCCGAGCGAGCAGUUCCCCCUGACGAAGAACAACACGCGCCACUACGCCGACGCGGCGAUCAACGACGUCCUGGCCAUGGCCGCGAAAAGCCUGAAGGCGUACUCGGCGACCUACGCCGCGGGCGAGCUCACGCCGGCGAACGGCGGCGUCGCGCCCGACGCCGACGCGGAGGUCGUCAACGGCACGGCGCUCUACGGCGUCUGCUGCGACCGCCAGGCCGCCGACACCUGCGACUGCGACGGCAAGCCCUACCCGGGGCGCUGA